AUGAGGGGAAGGCUCGCGCUUCUUGCGGCUGCAAUGAUUUUGUCCAGUUUUGUGUGCUUGGCGUUCGCCUUCAGCUGCGACACUCUCACCACCAACGACAGCCGAUGCAUGCAGAUCAUCUACCAGCGCGAAUGCGAAUCCGUCUGUCGCAACUAUAUCAAACGCGAUUUGAACGGCGGCUUCUAUCGCAUUGGAGACUAA